UUCCCGGAUGUUGUGUGAGCGUGUAAGAUGGCGUCCGCAGUAAAGGCUGUUAUGACUUUUUAUUUUAAAAUACACUUGAUUUGGUAAACUUUUAUAAGGGAAGACUGGAAUUAGUGAUGUGUCUGGAAGAAUAAUGGUCUCGGCGAGUGUCUUCAUCGGGGACAAAAGACUGCGCGCUGUUCUGGAGAACAUAUUUUGCUGCAGAAAAUUUCCCUUUAGGAAUCUGAGCUCGGUAAACCGUGAGGGUUGUAACACAUUCUGACCGGAGAGGCUGAGAAUGGCUUCCGAUGGCCGGCCGGACUGCAGCUGCUGCUCCCACGGCUCCACGGCUCCACACAGCGUCCAGCAGACCCUGGACGAGAUGGACUUUGAGAGAGGUAUCUGGUCAGCAGCAGUGGACGGAGACCUGGACAGAGUGAGGACUUUCCUCCUCAAGGGGACAGACCCAAACACAGUGGACAGAGCAGGAUACACUGCCCUGCACUAUGCGAGUCGUGCUGGCUGUCUGGCCGUGUGUGAGCUGCUGCUGGAACACGGAGCCUGUGCCAACUCCCAGACGAGGGGCGGAGCCACCCCCCUGCACCGCGCCGCCUACAGAGGGCACCUGGGCGUGGUCAGAUUGCUGCUGUCACAAGGGGCGGAGCCAGGCACCUGUGACGAUGACGGCUCCACCCCUUUACACAAGGCUGCGGGGCAGGGGCGGGUGGAGGUGUGCGAGGUGUUGCUCCAGCGCUGUCCCGAACUUCGAAACCUGCAGGACAAGAGGACCAGGACACCCUGGGAGCUAGCGGAAGACCGCGAGGGACUGCGAGACCUGCUCAAACCACACAGCGAGCGAGCAGACACACAGCCUCUCCGUGCUGCACUGUCUCCUGACUGAGCUGCAAUGUGUCCUGUGGACACCAGAGGGAGCCAUAAUCACGCUGCACGGGCUCAUUUCAUUUCCAUAAAUGACCUGCAGAUGGCAGCAAAGUCUGAAAGAAUGAACAUAACACAGUAAGACGUUCUCAAAGCAGAAGUACUGUCCCUUUUUACAGUCAUUGAGAGAUUCUUAUGGGAAAUACUCAAAUACUGCUUUCUGUGAACGUGCUUUUAACUUGGAUCAGGAGCUGCUGUUCUGUUCUAGUUCCCUGCUAUAGACAAGUGUAACACACAUAAUAUAUAUAUAUAUAUAUAUUCAGAGUUAUGGCACGGCAGCUUCUCAAACUCCACAGAGUUCACGCAAACUGUUUUAAAAUUUCUAAAAAUAAAAAAUAAAAUAAAAUAAAUGGGCCUGAAGGGGGUUAAUAGAAUUAAAAGCCAGUGUCACCCAGUGAUCUGUGACUUUGGAUCAAAUUUCUUUUUUGUACUGCUGGCAAUAAAUUGCUUAAGACAAAAAAACACACACACACCACAUCUGGAUAAUUGCAAUAAGAACCAUUUAGAAUGAUUUGAGAAAAUAAUUCAGAAGAUUGUAAUUAGAAGAAAGUUUCCUUUGUUUAGCUGAUUCCUCCCACAGGAGCGCCGUGUGGCAGGAAGGUUCUGGUUUAUAUUGGGACUGCAGCCGCCCGCAACAGCAAAAUAAAUAACCAGCAGAAACGCUUAAACUGUACUAUUAAUGAUGUUUAAAAUGUUAUUGCUGUGAGUGUCUGCAGCCAAUUAAAAAAAAAAUCCCCCAGUAGAAAUACUCCAUCAUCAUUGACAUUGGAUCCAGGAUCUUUUGGUUUACAAAGAUCUCGCAGCAACCUACGCCAAAGUAAUGAUACCGAGAAGUAACGUGUCCCACCUGAAACAGAAACCAAAAGAUGAAUGGAAGUACACAAGAGAAAGGAAAUCAAUUUCGCAGCCUAGCUUGGCACUUUUAUUUAAAUUCCAAGCUGUGCGCUGGGCCCCGGUCGUGUUUACUGCAGUGAUCAGCAGUAUUAGCAUGCAGCAGCUAGUCACAGAUAAAUCUCCAGUGCUUCUGGACAUUUGAUUAGAAAGGGUGAUUAAACAGAGUGGACAACAAACCGCUCGGGAAAGACAGACGGCCGUCCUUGUGUUACAGCUCCGAGAUAUGGGAUGAAGCUGAGGGACAGUCAAUUGAAUCGUGUGUUGGGGUUUAAAACCAUUCAUAAAAUAAGAAAUGCUACGCUGUGCAUUGGGAACAGCUGUGAGCAAGCGGGCUGCGCAAUGUGGCAGGCAUUACCCUUUUGGUUUGUGGUGCUGUGGAUGUUGCAAUACUUUACAUUUCUCAAGGUUAAAAUGAAUUCGCCACAAGUUUGCCCAGAUCGCUUUGAAUUAGCUGGGCUGCGGUUUCUGAGUCCACCACUCCCAGAAGUCUGGUAUCCUCUGCAGAUGUAACAAC